AUGACGAGCAACCAACAGACCGACCUCCACGUUCUGACCAUAGCUAGUUUAGAGAGGUUGGCUACCACGGGCACCGAUGCGAUGAAGAAAAAGUAUGCAGGGCUUCUCGCAUACUUCAAAGAUCCGAACCGUAAAAUGCCUGCCGGGGAGAUUGCCUGGACCUUCACGGACGAAAGAGGAGUCAAAGUGGGCGACGCCACACAGUAUAUAGCCGACUUUAUCAAGCAUAAUGAGGGCAGACAGGGAGAGAAAGAGUGGCCCGCCAAUUGGGUACAAGCCACUGACGCCCAAGCGCUUUUGCUAUGGGCAAGAGUCGACGUCCCUGCCGGGCAGGCUCCACAGGCGAUGCAUUAUAUUCAUGUCGAAAUCAGAAUCCCCGUUGGUCUCGGCGGUGAUCCAAAUCGGGUCGUUCGCGUGCAGUGCAUCAACGACACUGGAUCCAACAGGCAGGUUGUGCAUGACCCUGAUUGGAACUACUUGACCGCCGGCCUCAACAUUCCAAUUAUCCCUGGCUUAAUUACCACGGCCACCGGCCCCGUUAAUAUGAGAGGCUGCAAUCUCGAGAUCCGUGUCGUGGCCCAGGACCCGGCCGCUGCAGGUGGCUGGAAGCACCUGCAUAAUUGGGUGGCUGAAUUGGGCAUCAUCCAGCCCGCCGGUGUACCUUGCUUGAGUGGAUCCGCCAUGCGCGGUCAGCUCUUCUUCGCUACAAACAAGGGCAACACGUCUCUUUUUAUGGCCGACAACAAGACGACCCUUAUGGCCAAUAUGCCGGCUUAA